CUCCUGUUCGAGACGCGAGAGGGAUGGGAAAGAGUACCCCCACACCCACGACCGGGAGGAAGCGUUACGGACGGGUUUGUGGCGACUUGUCACCGUCACAAAGUGAAAGCGUUUAAGAAAGACAAAAGAGGAGACAGCGACGAAGAGGAGAAUUUUAACAACAACCGACGCCUUUUCCUCCCUCUCUCCGGCAUCUUCAUCAGUGUCCGACAGCAGCGAAAGCCAAAGAGUCCUCCUCCGGCGCCCACUGGCCGCCCUUUUCUUCCUCUUCGUCAACAUGUCCGUGGCCAGUGACUUUGGAAACCCUUUAAGGAAAUUCAAACUCGUCUUUUUAGGAGAACAGAGUGUGGGCAAGACAUCGCUGAUCACUCGCUUCAUGUACGACAGCUUCGACAACACGUACCAGGCGACGAUCGGAAUCGACUUCCUUUCCAAAACCAUGUACCUGGAGGACCGGACGGUGAGGCUGCAGCUGUGGGACACGGCGGGACAAGAACGCUUCAGGAGCCUCAUCCCCAGCUACAUUCGCGACUCCACGGUGGCCGUGGUCGUCUACGACAUCACCAACUUGAAUUCCUUCCAGCAGACGUCCAAAUGGAUUGACGACGUGAGGACGGAGAGAGGAAGUGAUGUCAUCAUCAUGCUGGUGGGCAACAAAACAGACCUGGGGGACAAGAGGCAAAUCAGCAUAGAGGAAGGUGAGCAGCAGGCAAAAGAGCUCGGCGUCAUGUUCAUCGAGACCAGCGCCAAGACGGGUCACAAUGUCAAGCAGCUCUUCCGCCGCGUGGCUUCUGCUCUUCCCGGUAUGGAGAACGCGCAGGAGGCCAGCAAAGAAGGCAUGAUCGACAUCAAGUUGGACAAACCACAAGAGUCGCAGACGAGCGAAGCCGGCUGCUCUUGUUAAUAGCUCGUUGAAACAAAGUCACGUUCACCCGUAACCCUGCCCCCCUCCCUGACACACUAAUGUUGUGGCUUCCUAUUGGUUAACAUCCCGACUGCUGGUCAGUGCUUCCCUGGAACUGAAGCUGCCAAAAGCAAACAAGUUUACUUUAAUUUUCUUAUCUUUUUUUUUUAAACGCCCUGAUCAAGUCCUCAUUUCACUUUGGUUUUGUAUUUUUAUAUUCAGGGACAAUUCUAUCCCCAAACGUCUCUCCUUCCUCCAUAUUAACCUUUUUAGCUUACUUUGAGUUAAGAACUAUAGAGGCUUAUUGCCAGAUCAGCACUUUCUUUGUUGUUGUUGUUGUUGUUUUUAAUUGAAAGCGGGUUCUAUAGAUGGUUCUUUGUAUUUAUUCCUGGUGAAUAGGGACCCUGGUGUCCAUGUAUCAACAUUUGAUGUGAGCACUGAGGGGGCCACAGGGACCACCACUCUCCUCUCACUAACUGUACAGAGCACAUCUUCAUUAAACGUCUUAUUGCCAACUA